GGCUGCUGUUGUCUCUGUCUCUGAUGUAGGGAAAAGGUGCAGUCUCCUCCAGGAGAUUCAGAACUUUGCUUUGGGCAUCACUAUGGCAACAAAUGAAGCAAAGGGGGAAGUCUGUCCUGCAUCAUGCCUUCCUGGAAUGUGUGUUUAAAAGAAGAAAACAACCAAGAUGUCUGAGAAAAAGAUGUCAUCAAGCCGGAAGCAUAAUCUGAAGAGCUUGAUGCUCCAGGUUGCUAAGGGUUUGCUUGAGGCAGAGGAAAUCGAAAAAGUAGAAGCAAGGAAGAAGUACAUGGAGGAGAACUGCCCUCCUCUGGUCCUGCCUGGAACUAUGCAGGAGUUACAGGAGCUCUGCAGAGAACUCCACAAGAAAAUUGAUGUGGUUGACGAGGAGAGAUACGUCCUGGAAAACAAAGUUAAACUGGUUGUCCAGGAGGUUGAAGACCUGAACAUUAAAGUGAUCGACCUGAAGGGCAAGUUCAAGAAACCAGCCCUCAAGAAAGUGCGUAUGUCUGCCGAUGCCAUGCUCCAGGCCCUGCUGGGCUCCAAGCACAAAGUGACCCUGGAUCUGAGAGCCAACCUGAAACAAGUGAAGAAGGAGGUGAAAGAGGAGGACAAGGAACUGCGCGAUGUUGGUGACUGGCGUAAGAACAUUGAAGACAAGGCUGGCAUGGGCGGCAGGAAGAAGAUGUUUGAAGCCGAGGCUUAGACUGGUUGCUAUUGCUAAGCUGGUGGUCAUUUUCCUGAAAUCUCCUCUUAUAAGCCAUGCUUUCAGUUGGACUUUCUCAGUCUUCAUUAUGAAUGUUGUUUUUGUUUGUCCUAGGCAAUUUUUCUUUGGUUGAGUACACUGGAAUGAAGGCUCUGUAAACAGAUAUCUGUGAUUAUUGUGGGUUUGCGGUUUCCCUUGUUUAGGCCUAAAAUUUGUUCCAAAUUAACUUUUCUAAAUAAAUGAAUGAAGCAA